ACUGCAUGGUCCCCUGUGUAUACACCAUCGUAAACUAUGUGUUCUGGUGAGAAUUUAAAUGAAAUUCAUUCUGUUAAGAUCACUUGAGGACCUCACUAUUAUAAAAAAAAAAAGUUAACUUCAUAACGUGCGAAUUGUACGGGAUAGAACAAACGAUGAAUCUUCUCGCUGCUUGGAUCAGAAAAGGUGUGACGAAAAUCUAAAAUACUCGAUUUGUUUAGGGAAAUUCUUUUUCAUACGUCUGAAUUUUUCAGACGCCUUAAACUCGUGGACCGCUGAAAUGUGAGAACUAUUUUGGGGACCACGAAGACAAAAAAAAUAUUAAAAAAUGAAGCCGUUUACUUUCAGUAAAAUAAACAAAUCUCAUUAUCAGUGUAAUGUAAACAGUAAACCAGACUUUUGUUAUAACUUAUACAUGGAUAAAAACAUAUUAUAUUUUAUCAUAUUUAAAUUGAUUCGAUUUCCAAAAAAUAAUUGGGGAGGGGGGGAUCCCUAACAUUACUUUGAAGAAUCCUAGCGUCACAGAGUCACAUUAGCUCAUUCUUUUCUAACAAGAAAAUAGGACCCGAUAAUACUGGGAUAAUAAUGGUAAGGACGUUGCAAUUCUUUGUACCUGAGAAAACUUAGCAUACUUCUUUUAAUCUGCUAUAUAAUACAUUAUACUCAUCCUAUCUCUUUUCACGCCCCUGUAUUACACAUUUUUUCCUCUAAAAAAAUUGUAAAAGCACGACCUUAAAUUUACAAGGCAAACUCUACAUUUCAUUUUAAAUAUCUUGUGCACUUACGAACUUCCAGACGUUGGUAUCUGCAUUAAAAAUGUAACCAAACUUUUGUGUUGGCUUUCUUCCAAGGCUGUAAGAUCGACACAAAUAUUGAUUUUCAAACCUCAAAGGAGAAUCUCUUAACCCAUUGUCACGGCUGUAACAGACUCGGGGGUUCCCUUUUAAACUAAUAUUCAUAAAAAGUUGUACCCACUUAACUUUUCGCAAAGUGAAAAAAAACAACAAACUAUUUGUUUCAUAUUUUGAAAGAAAAUAUCAACACGUCUUUGUUGACGCUCAUGAACUGUAAAGGAAUAUAUAUAUAACUGUAUUUUUAAGAUUCAAUUUUAACGUGUCCGAAAUUUUUUGGUUUUGAUAUGUUGAUUUAAGGCAGGGUUAUACUUAUGUCAAAGUACAUAGGUCUUUCGACGCUAUUGAAGUAUUUUUCCGUUAUUGGAACCAACAUGUAUUUAUUUGAUAAAAGGGAAGGCAACACUUCUUUUUCCACGACUGUAAUUUCACAGGAUGGUGUCCCCUACGCAAAACAACAAACCCCCCCCCCNUGAUAUUUAGUGUAAAAAAUAGCAUAAAGUACUCAAAUGGGGUGCUUAUGCCUUAUUUAACUCCUAUAGUCUAUAGUCCCAGAUCCCUUUUAGCGCAUUGUUAUAUUUCCACUUAAAAUAUAGUUCUACGCUUUGUUCCGUUCAUUGAAAGAUGAUGGUUAUCAAGUUUAACAUUUAAAAAUACAACAGAGUUCAAUUCGGGAACAUAAGUGGGUUUUUGAGAUAUAGAUAUCAAAAUGAACCGAUUGCUACUCCAUACAGAUUGCCACUCCGCACGGUUUGUUCUCAAUGGAAUAAGGGGAUUACUCAGUCGUAAUGGGCUAUGAAUUUUCGUUGUACUUAAUGUCUUAAAAAACAUUCUCUUAUUUUUUAAAAUAUUUUUAAACGUUAUAUUUUUUAUUAUGUUAUAAAUUUGAUAAGAGUACAUUUUUGCCCAUUAAGAUGUAAGUAAAACCUUGUUACAUUUUACACACACACAAAUCUGAGAUUGGUAAAAAGCAAUCAAUUAAAUUUAAUAUAUUUUUUUUAUUUUUUUUAAAGUGGAAAAUACAUUAUCAGUUUUGUCACACGUGGUUAUUAAAUAAACAAAAAUAAUAAAGUUUGCGAUUGGCGAGUUUAAAUAAUUAAGUUCUUAUAGGAUAAUUCUAAUUUUUGUUUCAUUGUGUUGAAGCAAACAGUUUAAUUUGAUAUCAGUUGAAGUCAUUUUAUCAUUCAAUAUAAAUUGUAAUCUAAUGUCCCAAUCCUAACAAAGCAAUAAUAAAUAACAGAUGCUCGGGCAUUCCAGAUAAAUGGGAUUAUAAAUCAAUAACGGAAAUACAAAGAGGAAAAUUAUUUGAUUGUACCGUAACCUUGACAUUCAAAAUAGUUGGGGGUUUUAAAAUGUAAUAUAGUAAAUGAAUUUCUAAUUUAUAAUAAAAUAGGGGCUAUUAGAAUAGCAACAUCAUACCCGAAACUGUUGCAAAAAUGCCAGUACACGGAUGCAGCAAUGAAACAUUACCAGAACCAGAACCGUUACAUGUACUCAAAAAUAUAGAUUUAUUUUAUUUUUAUAAUUUUUAAAUUGAUUCGCUUUUCGUAAAAUAAUAAAAAAUUCCAAUCAUUGUUUUUUUAAGAUUCUGAAGAUAUUUAAAUCAAUUCGUUUUUAUAAAAAAAAAAGAUUUAUAUGGUCAGCCCCUAGCUGCCUAGCUCAAUCUUUAUAUAAUAUAUAUAUAAAAAAAAAAGAUUUAUAUUGACAGCCCCUAGCUGUCUAGCUCUAUCUUUAUAUAAUAUAUAUAUAUAUAUAUAUAUAUAUAUAUAUAUAUAUAUAUAUAUAUAUAUAUAUAUAUUACCGUAGACCUUAAAGUUGUUUUCUAUCGUGCGCCAUGGACAUUGUUCUUACCAAAGCCAGUGACCAGGGAUUAGCAAUUUUAUCCCCUAAAUAAGUGGCCGGAAUCGACAUCAUCCAUCAAAUAUUAAAACUGUAGUUUAACUGGGAGCUUCUUGGCACAGGGGUCACUUUAUCCAGAAUGAGGCCCCCAUCCUGCUGACGCCUGACUCAAAGAGCUGGCUUCUUUUAAAACCACAUGUGUUUCAUUACUUGCGUAGGCAUGGAAAAGUCAUACAUUUUUAUUGAUAACAGUCAUGUAUCAUGGGCGCUUCAAAACAUCUUGAGUAAUUAACAUUGGUAAACGAAAUAGAAAUUGCCACUAAAUAAUGCAAAGUUGAGUUUUUAUGGCUUUUAAAUUAAAAUUAUGUGAUCUCCCCUUUGUUUAGUAAAUGGUUUCCUUUACGUUUUGGGAAAACUCGUCACAUAUGGUCAAACUUGUUUACCUCAGUCCAUGAAAAUUUGAAAAAUAUGUGACAAGAGUGUGAAAAAGCACAACGUAAAAAGAAAAGAAAAAAAAAAAAAAGCCAUUGACCGAUAAUGAAUGCGACAUAUCUUGCAGGUGUAUGUGCGACGCUAUGCCGUGGCCUGGUCCUGAUGCUAGUGGCGCUACUUCUGUUCCUACUUUGGGUGUGGCACUCGCAUGCGGUAUCAGUAAGUCUCAGCAUGCCUCCAAGUGAGUGAAUAGAUUAGAGAAUGCUCGUGUUAAAUCGUGGUUAACGGAAAUUUGUACGAAACCAAUUUCUGGUUGAAUGAAAGUUGCUCUAUCGGAAAUUCGUUCUCGUGUAACUUUUCCAAAAGGUUUAAAAACCGUAAUGCAGUCAUUCAGUUAUCAACAAACUGCGUACACAUAAAAACACAACAAUAAGAAGAAGAAAUCUAUGAAAAACUUUAGGUACAUUUUGCAACCAUUGCUAAGUUUUUAUUUAUACCACAUCGGAUCGAGACGUUGCCGUUUAAAACUAAUCAAAACAAAUCUCCACUAAACAAACCAGUUCGAUGAAACACAAUUUCUUCAUUCAAAUUCGUUUUCUAAAAAUUGGUUUCGUAAAAAUUGUUAUUUUUUUUUUACAAACUGGUUUUCUACCAAUUGGAUUUCUACAAAGUGGUUUCCGACAAAUUACAAAUUGAUUUUCUACAAAUUACAAAAUGGUUUCCAAUAAAUUUUUAAAAAAUGGUUUUCUACAAAUUAAAAAGUGUUCCCAGCAAAUUAUAAAUUGGUUUUAUACAAAGUACAAAUUGGUUUUAUAUAAAGUACAAAUUGGUUUUAUACAAAGUACAAAUUGGUUUUAUACAAAGUACAAAUUGGUUUUAUACAAAGUACAAAUUGGUUUUAUACAAAGUACAAAUUGGUUUUAUAUAAAGUACAAAUUGGUUUUAUACAAAGUACAAAUUGGUUUUAUACAAAGUACAAAUUGGUUUUAUACAAAGUACAAAUUGGUUUUAUACAAAGUACAAAUUGGUUUUAUAUAAAGUACAAAUUAGUUUUAUACAAAGUACAAAUUGGUUUUAUACAAAGUACAAAUUGGUUUUAUACAAAGUACAAAUUGGUUUUAUACAAAGUACAAAUUGGUUUUAUACAAAGUACAAAUUGGUUUUAUACAAAGUACAAAUUGGUUUUCAAUAAAUUCGAUUUCUAAAUAUUACAAAUUGGUCUCAUACAAAUUUGUUUUCUACAAAUUGGUUCCUUUAAAUUGGUUUUCUACAAAACGGUUUCCUACAAAUUGUUUCUCGUUAGUUUCCGGACACAGUUUACUGGUUCUAUCCGUCUGAUUAAACGUAGUGAAAAACUCAUAGUUUUUUUCUUUAUUUUUUUUUGUUUAUAUAUAUAUAUUUAUUAUGUGUAUAUGUUAUUUUUAAAAAAGUUUUCAUAACGAAUAAGAUACAUUAAAAUCAGUAACAAUCGAAAACAAAUACGUUAGCAGUGUUUCUUCAGAAAAUCUGCUCCGGGGUGGAAGGUGGACAGGAGGUCUGCAGUCAGAUUGUCGUGUGGUCAGGGCCUUAGGGAGGGUUUUGGGGGCAAUCUGCCCCGGUCGGCCCAUUCUCCGUUUUUUAUUGAAGGUGGCAUGUUCUGCAGAUAUUAGCACGCUCUUGGUGGCUCCAACCCUGGCUACACCAGUUGGGCGCGCAUCUGCAAAAUAUCAGCAAAAUUGGGCGUAAUUCGGGUGACCGGGGUGGGAAUACCUUCGCCCCCCCCCCCUUCUGUCGCCCAACAUAAGCUAAAUUCGUUACAGCUGUGGCGCCCCAGCUUAGAUGCAUCCCUGGAACUUAUAAUCAGUUGAAGGAAAGUUAGGAUAUUUGUCAGGUCCAGAAAAUCGUCAAAUUACUUUUUUUUUUUUAAAUCAGUCGUGCGUUUGGUUUUUUCUUUUUUUUUUAAAAUAUUAAUAUGGUGCCGAUACUGUCAUUUUUAACGAAUGGUAGAGACAGACAUAGAGGGCCCCAAUGGGUCCAUACAUAGAGGGCCCCAAUGGGUCCAGACAAAGAGGGCUCCAAUAGGUCCAGACAUAGAGGGCCCCAAUGGGUCCAGACAAAGAGGGCUCCAAUAGGUCCAGACAUAGAGGGCCCCAAUGGGUCCAGACAUAGAGGGCCCUAAAUGGGUCCAGACAUAGAGGGCCCCAAAUGGGUCCAGACAUAGAGGGCCCAAAAUGGGUCCAGACAUAGGGGGGCCCAAAUGAGUUCAUACAUAGAGGGCCCCAAUGGGUCCAGACAUAGGCGGCCCAAAUGGGUCCAGAUAUAGGGGGCCCCAAUGGGACCAGAGCGAAAAAGGUGGCCGUCACAGAAAAAGUCUAGUAUAAUAAUUGCCUCUCCUAAACAUUUAUAGAUUUUUACCAGAAACAAAAAUAUACAAUACGGCUUUGUAGAAUAGAUCGAUGUGCCUUUAAUGACCAUUCUGAAUAAAGUGUAUACGAAUGACAAGAUAUUAUAUUAAUAGUUAUACUUCUAAAGCAGGGCUGAACACAUCAAAAUGUAAGGCGGACCCUUAAACGCCAUGACAAACUUGUGCGGGCCGAAAGCAGACAAACGGUGGGGGGAAAGCUAUUAGUAAAAAGAUAAUAAAAAAAUAAUAUUUCGUUAAUUGGCGGGCCGCAAAGCGGGUGCUGGGAGACCGCAUGGGCCCACGGGCCGUAUGUUGUGCAGGCCUGUUCUAAAUUCUAAAGCAUUAUGAGCAAUUAACAUGUCGCCCUAAUUUAAAAGUAGAUGCUGCGCCCCCCCCCCCCAGAGCUCGCUAAAAUAUGCACCGAUUUGAGGUUACUUGUCCUUUUAACGUGAUAAAUUAUUGGUCAUGUUAACAUGGGGGUGGUAAGGGUGUGGUGGGAGACCGCAUGGGGCCACGGGCCGUAUGUUGUGCAGGCCUGUUCUAAAUUCUAAAGCAUUAUGAGCAAUUAACAUGUCGCCCUAAUUUAAAAGUAGAUGCUGCGCCCCCCCCCCCCCAGAGCUCGCUAAAAUAUGCACCGAUUUGAGGUUACUUGUCCUUUUAACGUGAUAAAUUAUUGGUCAUGUUAACAUGGGGGUGGAGGUGUUUUUGAUCAUGUUAGACUUGGGGGAAGGGGGGAAUAUUGUCAUGUUAACGGGAGGGCUUAUGUGUCACGUUAUCAUUUGGUCAUGUUAACCCGAGUUGUCAUGGGUCGUGUUAACCUGCGCGGUUACUGGUCAUCUUGACCCGAGAGGUUAAAGGUCGUGUUCAAUGUGUGGCCAUGUUAACAUGAGAUGGUUAUUGGUCAAGUCAACUUUAAAGUAAGUGUCGGGUUUGUUUAGUUCACCCUCCGUUAUCUUCCAGCAGUGUUUCCUAAAUGCCGGGUCGCUACCCGGUACCGGGCCACCAAAGCAAACAUACAGCGAGGCCAAACACUUUAAAAAAAAAAAAAAAAAAAAAAACAUCAUUAGGUAUUUUUUUUUGCAUUUGUCCUUGUUCCCAACAAACCCUAACAUAGUGCCCCCAUACAAUAAGUAGAUCGUUGAGGUAGAUAGUAAGGGCUGAGGCUAAGAAAUCCUACACAAGAAUAAAUUGAUCAUCUUUUUUGUUCUCAAAACCUGACGUUUCUUAAUAUAAACAAUUAUAUAAAUAAUAAAAAAAAGUUUUAAACGAUGACGUUUGGGAGUGUUGAUAGUUUAUACAUGCAUCGCCCAGUUGUCUGCUUGAUUUUAAAACAUAAUGGUGCAAGAGUAAAUGUUUUUUUUUUUCUAAAUUGAAAUGUAUAAAAACAGUCUGGACAUUCCAGUCUGCUUUAUGGGGUUUUUUUUAUUAAUGGCACCCGUCGGUCACAAUCCCUGGGGUUUUCUUUCUUUAGAUCUAUAAACUGGUUCCCUAGACAGCUAAUAGGCUCUCUCCACGCACCAGGAUUGCUCCAAGGGAACAUCAAAUGUGGAUUAUACAGCUGGGAACCAGUGGUGUCGCUGGAGUUGUCGGAAAUGGGAUUUUUUGUUAAUGUAUCCGCUUACUGGACUAAUUCUAAGCGUUCUUCACGGUUUCUCGACCAUCCAGGGGGGGGGGGGGGGGGGUUGGUGUUGUUUCUGUCUUGCUUAACCUUAUGGUCUUUGGUGGGGAUCGAGCUCCGGACCAAAACCUUAUCUUGGGAUUCGGGAUUGACUCUUGCGCCAAUCGACCACCCAGCCACACAUACAACCGAUAAGCGGGAAUUGAAAUAAUCAAAACUUGAGUUGGUCAAGAAGAAGAAAUAUAAAAAAAUAACCAGGCCACGAAAAUGAAUGUUUAGGAAACUCUGCUUUAGAGUAUGAAAAACAGAGGGUAGUUGUGAGUGGGUUGUCUCCACAUUAAACACAAUUACAGUUCCAGCAAACUAUUUAAUUUACUUUUCCUCCUUGGCUCUUUCCUCCCCCCCCUUUUCCCUCCUCUCCCACCCCUUUUCUCAUACGUCGGUGGUUGUUGUAAAAGGAGACUCCGAGACGCCAGAAAGAAACGUCACGUCUACACAGAGAUCGUCCCACGACUUGUUGAGAUAUCCGUUAGAUUUCGAGGAGCUGAGUGGUCAGCUAGAGCAGUUGCUCUUAAGGUCAAGUGACGUGACCAACGGUAACUUCACCAGCCCGUGUCGUCCCGACGGAGACAGAUUGGGUAAGAUAUACCUUUGAGUGUUCGUGUGUGUCCACUGGUGAUCAUGGUCAAAAGCUGCUGUUCAAGUUACAGAUCUCAGUUACGUCUUAGUGUUAAGAUUUUAGCUCUGGGGAGCAUUCAACGCAACUUAUCUAUAUAUAGAUUUCUAUAUAUAGAUAUGCAUUGUAAUUUUUAAAGUUCAUUCAGUCAGUCAAUCGUUCCUGCCAUUCAGUAAUAUUUAAAAAGUAACAAGGUCCUCAAACUCCCUUCAGCUUGCAGGUCCAACUGUUCAAGACCUUUGAACGCUUCGCCCAAACUCAGGUUAUGGGAUCUGGCGACAUCCGCCAAACUGACCCUCUCCGAUGAACAGGUGGACGCCAUCCUGGCCCUGACCGAGACGCUGCCGACCAGUGACUACAUCAUCUUAUCUGCGAGUUCACACGACCACUACCAGGAGAUGCAGUCGAUGUUUUACAACCUGCACACCGUCUUCAUCCCUCAGUCAGAGAAUGUCAGCCUCGUCCUCUUCGACAUCGGCCUGACAGAGGAGCAAAGAAAAAUGGUGAGCCUAGUAUUUUGAGACAUACCACUCUGCACCAGAGGCGUAGCGGGGGGGGGCAAAGGGGACAGAUUCCCGGGCGCCAGCUAGUUAGGGGCGCCAAAAUGUGUUUGGAUAUUAUAUUAUUGAUAAAAAUAAUGGGUUUGAGAGUUGAAAAAUAGAAAAGGGGGCGCUUUAAAAUGGAUCUUGUCCCCAGGCGCGAAUCUUGUACCCCGGGCGCCAAACACCUUCGCUACGCCUCUGCUCUGCGCCCGUUUGAUCAAGGAUGUGGCGACUAGGCCGUGCACAAAUCCUUUUGGAUUCCAAAUUAGUGAGUAUUUGAGUUCAGACAUGAUGGGCAGUAGGGUAGUUUGUUGCAAGUAGGUCUCUCAUAGGAAGACAAAAUAUUCAUAGUUAAGGACAGUUCUUCGCUCAAACGUAAGUGAUCAAGUGAACCGACAGGGCGACCAUGUUUGAUCUUAAAUGCAGACCAUAUUUGAUCCUAUAGGUGGACCAUGUUUCAUUCUAAUGUGGACCAUGUUUGAUCUUAUAGGCUGACCAUGUUUUAUCUGAUAGGUUGACCAUGUUUGAUCCUAUAGGCUGACCAUAUUUGAUCCUAUAGGCUGACCAUGUUUGAUCUUAUAUGGUGACCAUGUUUGAUAUUAUAUGCUGACCAUAUUUGAUCCUAUAGGCUGACCGUGUUUGAUCUUAAAUGCCGACCAUGUUUCAUCUGAUAGGCUGACCAUGUUUGAUUUGAAAGGGGGAACACAUUUGAAAGAAAAAGCUGUCCUGUUUAUUUAUUCUUUCAAAAUAUCGCCAUUCAUAUAAUAUGAUUUCACGUUACAUGGUUAUAUCUAUUUAAUCUGCAGUAAGAUUUGACUCGUUCAAUAAAAAAUACAUCACAAAGGACAGGAAUGAAUAUUCAAAGGAAAAAAAAAAACAGUCGCACAGCUUGUGAUAAUAACAUUAAUCAAUCUCCAUGAACUAUUCAGUGGAUUAAAAAUAAAAAUUCAAAUAAACAGAAAUAAAAACCAUAGUAACUUACAACACAAGAAGAGAAAAAGUCUAAUACUAGAAAGGUGCAAAUAUAAAUCCCAUACACACGGUGAAAAUGUGAAAGAUGUCUUUGUCUUGUUUCCUUGGUAAGUCUCAUUAAAAAAAAGUCUCAGCCGGUAACAGUCGACCACAGUCUUCAUGGUGUGGGACGGUCUAGACCAGGGGUGGUCAGACCUGUAGUGACUGAGACUGAGAGCCAUUUUUUAAAAUUAAAAAAAAAAUUGUUGAGAGCCGCAUUGAGGCACUGUGGGUCACGACCCCACAUUGAGGCACUGUGGGUCACGACCCCACAUUGAGGCACUGUGGGUCACGACCCCACAUUGAGGCACUGUGGGUCACGACCCCACAUUGAGGCACUGUGGGUCACGACCCCACUCGCAAUGAAAAAUUCCUUUUGUGAUUUAUUUAUAAAAAUUACUUUUUAUUCGAAUUUAAUGAUUUGAACAGUUCGAUUGUUUUAACCCUAACCGUAUGUUGAAGAAAUAUAUGCGUUACAGUUACACAAUUGAAGAAAUAUAUGCGUUACAGUUACACAAUUAACAAAUAUUUAAAUAUGUAAAAUUGAUGAAUAGAAACACAUUGCAUAUCUACUCAUAAUUAUAGUGAACAUUAAUUGUUAUGAUUCUGCUGAGAAGCCUUUGAACGGGCAAGUUUCUUUAAAUCUGGUUGGUAGCUAUAGUAGUUGUGGUGCGAAGAAGUUCUGUCAGAUGCUGGUUACUAGUUACUGCUCGAUGCUUUCAUUUUAUGAACUUCAUUGUGAAGUACAAAGAUUCACAGCAGUAGGUUGUGCCGAAAAUGUAUAUAAGUCGGCAACUAGCUUUCUUAAGUUGAGGAUAUUUUACUUCUGGCACGAGACAUUUUUUUUAAACUUUCAUUUAUUUUUUAUAUUAUAAAUUUCAAACGAAAAGUUUUAAUUUCAUAAAUUGUUCACGAGCCGCAAUGUGAACACAGAAGAGCCCCAUGUGGCUCGCGAGCCGCGGUUUGGCCACCCUUGGUCUAGAAAUUCAGUCACGAGAAAGUAUUUCUCCUCUCUAUGUUUAAUAAUGUGGAACCAUUCUGGAAAUCUAAACAAACGUUCCCCAUCGAUGGCGGUGGGAUGAAGGAGAUGGAGGGUUAAAGGGUAACGUGAGAAACAUGAAUAAAGGAGGAUGAGAGUGUGCGUGCCACGGCUCAAUAUGAACCAAAAAAAAAAAAAACUAGGUCAACACACAGACUAAAAAUAUCACGCGAGCCGCGGUUUGGCCACCCUUGGUCUAGAAAUUCAGUUGCAAGAAAGUAUUUCUCCUCUCCAUGUUUAAUAAUGUAGAACCAUUCUGGAAAUAUAAACAAACGUUCCCCAUCGAUGGCGGUGCGAUGAAGGAGAAAAAAAAAACUAGGUCAACACACAGAUUCUAACAGUGUGGUGUCAUUGCAAGGUGAGAAAUCUUUUCGACCGGUCAGUGUUUGAGUCAAUGAGAAUAGCGCACGUGUUCUCCAGGUAUUGAAUUUGGCCCCCCUACAACAUCUCCAGCGAAUAUCCUUGAAACUGAACAUCAUCUAUAUGCCCAACUGAACAUCCUCUAUAUGCCCAACUGAACAUCCUCUAUUUGCCCAUUCAUCCGUUGUAACAUCAGUCCGUCUUCGUAUCGGGUCCAUGCUGGACAACGCCUGAUGGCGCCAGGUAUGCCAGCCAGGAUGCUGUAGUGCAGAAACUAUUUGCCUCCAUUCGCUGAAUGGUCUAGCGGACUUUCACCUUUCCGGUGACAAGAGUACCUUUCCCCGAACCUUGUUACUUGGGGGCUAUCUUUUUUUUAAAAAAAAUAUCUCUCGGAAAUGUUCUGCUACCUGUUUUCAUAAACCACGUCCACACUCUACGUAUCACUUAUGCAUUGGGGGGGGGGGGAUAAUACUCUAUCAUGAAUACGUUUGCACUCGUCGAGUAACCCACUUAGACCCACUCCAGCUGCCUAACAUAAAUUCAUUAACACCAAUAGGAACCACUGGCGAGUGCAGCUAUGCACUACUGACUAACUCACAUACGUACGUAUGUGUUCCAUAUGUGAGAGUUUCAUUAUUAUUUUUUUUUUGGUGGCGAAUGUUGUGUAUACAAUGCUUUUUUUACCUUUAAAAAAAAAGAAAAGGGGGGGGGCGAUUAUGUAUUUUCACUGUGCGAGAUGUGUUUUUUUUAAAUGGAGAAUAAGCUGGUAGCCAGUCAGCUUCUCCGACAGCUGUUGAACCCAGGGGAACAUCAAAAUUGAUGUUUCAUUAUUAUUUUUUUUUUGGUGGCGAAUGUUGUGUAUACAAUGCUUUUUUUACCUUUAAAAAAAAAGAAAAGGGGGGGGGGCGAUUAUGUAUUUUCACUGUGCGAGAUGUGUUUUUUUUAAAUGGAGAAUAAGCUGGUAGCCAGUCAGCUUCUCCGACAGCUGUUGAACCCAGGGGAACAUCAAAAUUGACGAUACGGCGUGAUUCCAUGGGCGUCGUAGGAGUUGCCCGAAUUUCCAUUGAGUCAAUGUCAUAACUCUGGGUCUCUAUAUUACCCCCCCCCCCUUUUUCCAAAAAUAAUAUUUUAGGGGUUGUCUACCUUUAGCCUUUUGCGAUUAAAGAGUUUGAAGCCGCAAGGUGGCGGGAGUCUUGAACUUGAGUUUUCCUCCCCUUAACUGAGCCACCAUCCGAGGUUGGCCAGUGCCAUCCAUUCAGAGAGCCGAAGGUGUUUUUGUUGGUUAUUCCUUGUUAUGUAUAUAAAUAUCAAUAACAUAAAGAAGAAAAAGUGUUGUUGAUUUGUUUUGUUUUUUUUUACUGUUAUUUACUGUUAUUUACUGUUAUUUAGCCUGUAAAUCAAAUCAUAAGCGGAUUUUUUUUUUUUUCAUUUUAUUUUCAGACUGAGAAAAAUUGCCGUUGUCAAGUUUUAGAUUUCCCUUUCCACAAAUUUCCACGACACACGGCAAUCAGGAAUUGCUAUAGCUGGAAGCCACUCAUUAUACUAGUAAGUGUCUUUUCAGCCAUGUGUCGUUAGUUUGUUCGUUUUCAUCAAAUAGGCAAGAAAUAGGCAAAAAAUAGGCAACAAAUAGGCAACGAAUGGGCAACAAAUAGGCAACAAGUAGGCAACAAAUAGGCAACAAAAAGGCAACAAAUAGGCAACAAAUAUGCAACAAAUAGGCAACAAAUAGGAAAUCUCUUCUACAGGAGACGCCGAUAAUAUGGACGUCAAAAAUGAGGAUAACCCUAUCAGGAAAAAAAAAUAUGUGGAUCGAGCAUUGUAGCGUGAUCAAAAGUGAAUGCAAUCCUAACUCUAUACAAUAACUAUAUUGCGUUCACAUAAUAUUUCAAAGGCGCCAUCAUGUUAGUGAAACCUUUCACACAAGUCACGUGAUAAACCGUCACCUCAACUUUUACCAGACACUUAUUUACGAAGUGUAUUUUCUUUAUUUAAAAAAAACAGAAAAAACAAUAAACGAAAAAAGUGUUUCAUACAUAUUUACAUUUACAACACUGAUGGGAUCUGAACCACAGUACUGUUGACAUAUUUGGUACGUCAUUUACAACACUGAUGGGAUCUGAACCACAGUACUGUUGACAUAUUUGGUACGUCAUUUACAACACUGAUGGGAUCUGAACCACAGUACUGUUGACAUAUUUGGUACGUCAUUUACAACACUGAUGGGAUUUGAACCACAGUACUCUUGACAUAUUUGGUACGUCAUUUACAACACUGAUGGGAUCUGAACCACAGUACUGUUGACAUAUUUGGUACGUCAUUUACAACACUGAUGGGAUUUGAACCACAGUACUGUUGACAUAUUUGGUACGUCAUUUACAACACUGAUGGGAUUUGAACCACAGUACUGUUGACAUAUUUGGUACGUCAUUUACAACACUGAUGGGAUCUGAACCACAAUACUGUUGACAUAUUUGGUACGUCAUUUACAACACUAAUGGGAUUUGAACCACAGUACUGUUGACAUAUUUGGUACGUCAUUUACAACACUGAUGGGAUUUGAACCACAGUACUCUUGACAUAUUUGGUACGUCAUUUACAACACUGAUGGGAUUUGAACCACAGUACUCUUGACAUAUUUGGUACGUCAUUUACAACACUAAUGGGAUUUGAACCACAGUACUGUUGACAUAUUUGGUACGUCAUUUACAACACUGAUGGGAUUUGAACCACAGUACUCUUGACAUAUUUGGUACGUCAUUUACAACACUGAUGGGAUUUGAACCACAGUACUCUUGACAUAUUUGGUACGUUUUGUUUUAAAACGAGUUUUGUUUUUGCUUUUUUUCCCCCUGGUUUUCCAUCCAAAGAAAUAUAUAAUAAAACUACACUGAAAUUUGUUUAUUUUUUUUUAAAAUGUACUUUACUGAAGAUAACAGCUUUAAAAUGGGAAUCAAAAAUAAAGAUAACUUGAUAAUUGGGACUGCCUCAACUCACCAUUUGUCCAAAUCAUCCUCGUCUUAAUCUCCAUCUAAAAUAUAUCUCUAUCUAUAUCUAAAAUAUUACGCUACGAGAUGGUCUCACUUUUAUUGGCCCACCCUGUAUAUUUUGCAGGCGGCUCUUCAGAGGGUGCGCAAAGUCCUCAUCUACCAAGACAGCUCCAUCCGCUGGCUGCGGUCAGGCUCGGAGCUCAUCCGCCGUGCACAGGACGUGGGCCUGCAGCUGCUGCGUAAUCCGAGGUCGGUGAGGAUCACCAUGCAAACAUUAGAAAAGGUCAGAGGUUAACGCUGUGGCUUUUUAAUAAUUUUCAUUCAUUUUUAUCCGCGCUGCUCUUCUCUAAGCAGUAAGUCACGUGAAAUUAAAAACACAUGCGAAUUUUUAAUUUUAAAGUAAUCUUUAAAAAACAGAAAAUAGAAUCAUUAUUUUGUAUAUAAUCCAUCCAUCCAUCCAUCAAUCCACCCCUGUGGCGCUACGCCCAUGUAGGGAUUUGACCUGCCUCACCACUUCCUUCCACUCAGACCAUCCAUCCCUGUGGCGCUACAGCUCAUUCACGGCUUUGGCCUGCCUUACUACUUCCUUCCACUCAGACCAUCCAUCCCUGUGGUGCUACAGCUCAUUCACGGCUUUGGCAUGCCUCACCACUUCCUUCCACUCAGACCUAACUAAUGCUUUUCUUUUCCAUGCUUGGAUCCCCAGCUGUUGUAAAUCUUUUUCCACAUCCAACCAACAAAGCCUCGGUCUGCCUUUGAGGCGUUUUCCUCUGGGAUUUUGGUGAUGCCCCCCCCCCUCUUCACUCCUCUGUCAUUCCGCUUGGGAUCUUGGUUAUAUACUGUCUAACACUAUGUCUUUCAAUAAUCAUAUCUCUCAUACACCGCCAUUCGUCAGAUAAGCUCCAUCCACCAAUAUUUUAUAGUUGAUGCAACAAAAACCCUAGUCUGUGCUCUUGUUCUCUCUUGUCUUGACUAUUGUAAUUCUCCUCUAUCAGGUUCACCAAAACAUUUCUUAGAAAAAUUACAAAAGGUUCAAAACUCAGCCGCUAGGCUAAUUCUAAAGGCAAAAAAACGUGAUCACAUCACACCACUACUUCAUUCACAUCAUUUGCUUCCUGUACAAGCACGUAUUGACUACAAACUAUCUGUUCUCUGCCACAACUUUUUCUCGAAUUCCUCCCCUUCCUAUCUAACCGAACUUCUCUCUGUCUAUUCACUCCUUCAACAGCUUUGCUCCUCCACAGACGCGCGUAUUCUUUCUGUCCCCAAGACUCGCACAAAAACAUACGGUGAACGAUCGUUCUCUUUCUGUGCACCCAAACAAUGGAAUUCUCUUCCAUUACACAUCCGCAAUAUACCGACCAUCACAACCUUCAAAACUGCACUCAUUACACAUCUAUUUAAUCUCUACUAUCCUGACUGAUUCCCACCUCUGACCGUAAAACGAUGGUACUGAGUGUCGUCCAUGGCUUGACUGAGUGUCGUCCAUGGCUUGACUGAGUGUCGUCCAUGGCUUGACUGAGUGUCGUCCAUGGCUUGACUGAGUGUCGUCCAUGGCUUGACUGAGUGUCGUCUAUGGCUUGACUGAGUGCCGUCCAUGGCUUGACUGAGUGUCGUCCAUGGCUUGACAGAGUGUCGUCCAUGGCUUGACUGAGUGUCGUCCAUGGCUUGACUGAGUGUCGUCCAUGGUUGACUGAGUGUCGUCCAUGGCUUGACUGAGUGUCGUCCAUGGCUUGACUGAGUGUCGUCCAUGGCUUGACUGAGUGUCGUCCAUGGCUUGACUGAGUGUCGUCCAUGGCUUGAGAUGGAAAUAGUCUUAUAUAUACAUUUGUUUUGUUUUAUUUAAUUAAUGUCAAUUAAUUAUUUCAGAUUUUAUUAUGUUUGUUAAAUUGUAUGUACAGCGUGGUGAGCCCAGCCCUAGGCUACCACGCUAUAUAAAACCACGUAAAAUAACAAUAAGCUAAUAAUUUGGUGUCCUGCCCAGAGUAGCCAACCCUUUUUUCUGGUAGUCUGGGAUACAGAUAUAGACUGUAAAAUUCCUGGUUGGUUCCUAGUCUCCGUGGAUAUUCAUCAUUUGUUGGUCCAAAUAUUUGUCGGAGAACUUUUCUCUCUCAUGUGAUUAAGAGGUUCUCUGCCGUUUAUUUGUUGUUGUUUUUUUUUAUUUUGUCAGGGUCCAAGUUUCACAUGCGUAUGUUACAACUCAUCCGCUUACAGUUUUAUAAAUAUUUGUCUUUGUUUCUAUUGUAAUGUUUUUAGUUUUUAGUAUUUUCUGACUACCAAAGUAUGUCCUGUUUCCGGCUGAUAUUCUUUCUUUUAUUUCUGUUAGUGAUCUGUUUCUUUCGUUUAAUAAAGAUCCUAUGCAUGUGAAGUGAUUUACUUUUUCAAAAGUCUGGUUUCUAAGUGUAAUGGCUUCAUCUAUCUGUUGUUCUCUUAUCAUUGUCAUUAUUUUUUUUUAAUUUGUUGUUGUUUUUCUAUAUAAUCCACUCAUAUUUGAUUAAGGUAUUUGAUAACCGUUUAUCAACGCUGAUGACAUUAAUUAACUUAAUGUUUGAUUAUAAUCUACGUUCACAUCAUUACUUCACUUGAUCAUCAUUAAUCGUUUAAUGCCAAUACACAACUUUAAUGUCAUUGAUUUCUCGUCCAUCAGACUUUUGAUUACUUCGAAGAAAAACCGUGUGCAUUUUCGGGGUUUCCCGAACUCCACUCGGGAUUUUCACUGUUCAAGCCGGAGGCUUUUGCUGUUGACACCAUCCUGAAGCCAUGGGCCAGGUGUGCACUAGAGGCGUCCUGUAUGUGCCCGGUGUUUCCUAAGGUGGUGAUAGGAUGUCCUAAAACAUUGAAGGAUCACAGGUGCCACAGGUACGGUGCUAUCGUAUUAGCUGAUGUAGUCAUACAUGGAUGUGUUUAAAUGAUAUGUUUUAAACGAUGUGUUUUAAAUGAUAUGUUUUAAAUGCAUUUUAAAGCCAACGAGGGUAUAGUUUUGUGUUAAAUUUUAUUUUUAAAAAAAAUAAGUCGUCCUGGAUACAAUAAGUUACAUGACUUCAUUUAGCUCUUUAUUAUGUUUUAAUACAAUGCUUCUCAAAGUGUGGUACGCUUACCCCUGAGGGUACAGGAAGAGUUUGGUUGGGGGUACGCACUGCAAAGGAAAAUAUUUUUUUAAAAGUAUAUGCAAAUAUUUUUUUUUACGAGGGGUACACAGUGUUACGAAAAUUAUAGACAGGGGUACACAGAUGACGAAAGUUUGGGAAUCACUGUUUUAAUGCCUACUUUAGGUAUAAAUAAAAUGCCCCAUUUCAGAGAUCCUCUUUUAUUUUCAUUGAUUAAAAUCUAUUUAUUUGGCACAAGUGAAUACAUUUUAAAAGUCCAAUAAGUCUUUAAAUCAUGUAGGUUCUUUUUUUUUUUUUUUUACUUGGCCGAGCUUGAAUAUUAACCUUCAUGGGGAUGGGACCCAAAGUCAAUGUUUACAAGAGUUUUUAUAAUCUCGAUUUCGUAUGGGGGCACAAUUUUUUUAAAAAAGUUUUAUUGAUAAUAGAGCUUAGUGUUUUCGAAAGGGCCCAAGGUUUACGUGUAUGCUGAUAAGAUUUCUUCUUUUUUUUUCUAAAUUCCAACUCAAGAAACGCCGGGUAAAUUGGCUAGUAUACAAAAAAUAGAAUAUGAUAACAGCAAGAUGCGGAAGUCUGUUUAAAAAAAUAUUUGUUUUUUUUUUUUUUUUUUUUUCCCCACAGAUUCGACCAAUCCUGCCUUAGUAUAAUCACAGGGAAACUCUUCAAUGAACAUCUUUACAAAUUCACCGUCCCCAGCUCACGAUUCAUCGACAUCAAAAGAUUUGCAGACCAUCCGGAUUACUUUAAUUCAACGUGACGUUUAGAAUAUCAAAUACGGUGUUGAAUUUCUUUUUUCUUCACUAAUGUUUUGCUGUUGUUGAGUGAACAAUAUCUAACCGAGCUGGAUUCACCGAAGCUGAUCGAUUUUGAGAAAUUCAACUGAUUCUGCAGGGGCAAAAUAGUGGCCUGCGAUGGAACAUUUUGGUCGAUUCCCAAGAAAUAUCUAAAUUUAUGGUCCAAAAGAGUUAUGUCACUUGACGCCGUUACUUUGAGGUUGAAUUUUUUUUUAACUUUAAUUUUAUUUAGUUAUAGAUAUGACAGAGUUGGGGUGUUUAAUUUGAUGUUGACCUUGUUUAAUCGGUGUGCUAAUUGUUUUUGUGUUUAUUAAUCUCUGUGCUAUCGGUUUGCGUGUUUAUUAAUCUCUGUAAUAAUGGUUUGCCUGUUUAUUAAUCUCUGUGCUAUUGGUUUGCGUGUUUAUUAAUCUCUGUGCUAUUGGUUUGCGUGUUUAUUAAUCUCUGUGCUAUUGGUUUGCGUGUUUAUUAAUCUCUGUGCUAUUGGUUUGCGUGUUUAUUAAUCUCUGUGC